GGUUGUCUCUCUAAGUUGGAAAAAAUUAAGCAAGUAUAUUAAUGAUUUAGUGGGUUAAAUUUUACUAACAAAGUGUUAAUUUUUAAUAAAGGGGAUAAUAAUUGGUGGCAUUUAUAAUGUUAUUAUAAGAAGGACCUAACAAUACAAUACCAUAAGAAUCAGUUUCUAAAUUACGUACUAGAAUUGUACACUGUGAACCGGAGCGUCGCUUUUGACAUUUACAGAAUAAAGCCGCCAAUUAUUUGCAUCAUUUGUUGUAUAAACAUUUUGCUUGAUGUGAAAAAUACUUUAAUCAUGAUGGAUGAUAGAGAAAUGAAUGAUAUAUUCGAAAAACUAAGAAAUGAUGUGUUAAACAAUAAAGAAGAGACCAUAUCUAAAACGCAAUUGAAAGAUGAUGAAAUCCUAAAUAAAGGGAAUAAAUCACCUGCUGAAGAAAUUACAGAAGAUAAAGUUAAAAAUGGAAAUACUGACCAAAUGGAUCAAAAUGAAAGUAGUUCGAAUGUCAAUGAAUUAAUAAUGGAUAAAAGCGAGAUAAUUGAAGCAAAAGAAGGUAAUGACGAAGAACUACCUCCAGACAUUAACAAUGAACCAACUUCUCCUACACCCCCUGCAUCACCAGCAUCAUUGACUAAUCCCCUUAGUGUAAUACACAAACAAGUAAAAAUUAAUGUUAAACGUGAUGAUUUAACUGACUUAAAGAAAGUGCACUCAAAUGACAAACGUAAUGAUAACAGUUUUAAAAAGCCGAAGACACCCCUGAAGCGUAAAAGUACAGAUAUAUCCACACCAAUAGAAUCAAAGGAAAAAAAAACUAAGAAUGCGUCGGUAUUUAGUGCCUCUAAUGUAACUCCGACUAAGGCGCAGCAAAAGUUAUUUGAUCCCAAAUUGUUAGGAGAAAAUGAAAUAUUAAAACAAUAUAAUUGUAAAAGAUUAAAAAUAAAACUAAAGAAAACGGAUCUACACGAUUUGCUAAAUAAGACUUCAAUUAAAAAUAAAAAAAACAAACCAACAUCUCCUCCAAAACGUAAGAGUAAUACACCUUCUCCGGAAUCUUCUCCAGGAAAGAAAACACGUAAAUCAGUUAAUGAAAAGGAAGCGAAGUCAAACUUUUUCAUUAAGCUUAGUCCAAAACUGGAAUCUAAUAAAGAUUCUAGUCCCACAGCUAAAAAAGGAUCUUCGGGAAAAAGUCCAGCGCCAGCAAAAUCUCCCAAAAAUCAAAAACCAAAGUCCCUUGUGAAAAAAAUAGGAUCAAACGAGAAAGCACAAAGAGAGAAUUCUAAAUUAACUUUUAAACCUACAAAAUUUUCCAAAACAUUUUUAGAGAAAACAUAUGGCAAAAGAUUCUUUCAGUUAGAAGUUAAGAUGGAAAAGUUUGAGCAUCCAAUUCUGGUCGAAUUUGAUGCAAAGGCAAAUGCUGCAAAAAAAGAAGCCAGGGACAAAAAGAAAAAUCUUUCAGUUUCUUUUAAAGAUCAAGUGGAAAUAUUUGGUAUUAGCGAUUCCGAUUCAGAUGUAGAAGUUUUAACUACAUCAGCUAUAAAGGAACCAGCAAAUAAAGCACCACAAAUACCUGUUACUCCAGCCAAACUUAUAAAAACAGAAAAUGGCAAAGUUGUAGAUACUAUUGAUUUGGAUUCGACAUUAUUUUUAGAUCCAAAAGAAGCAGUUGCUAGUACACCGUUAAAACUACCUGCCCGCAAAAAGCACGACAAAAAAUCGUUUAGUCCACUGAAAGAUGAAGGGUUGACAAGUCCACGUAAGGAGCAGCUUAAAUUGGCAGAUGAAAAAUUACCACCCAAAGACCUAAGGUGCCUAAGUACGGGUGAAGUCGAGGAAGAUGAUGAAGACGUGGAAUAUAUAGUUCCGUUUGAAGUUCCUCCGCGGACAGCAGCUAAAAGCGGUACUGAUACUGAAACAGGCGAUGAUCCAAAAGAAACAGAUUCUGAUAAGCAGAUACCUAACAAUAAUGAAAAUAAGGAAAACGAAAAUAAACAGAAUGAAAAGACAGUUGGUGAAGACGAGACUUCAGCAAAAAAGUCACCGGAGGUAUCUGUUUCUAGUGAAAUUGAUUCUAAAGUAGAAUCUUCAGCAGAAAGUUUCGCAACUGCGGGAAAUGAUAGCGAUAAUGAUGACGCCAGUUUUGCAAAAUUAAAUAACGUAACAGGUUCUUUGUCAAAAACAUGUGAUACUGCUGAAUGUAAUGAAAAUAAAAGAAUAAAUAUCGUUGAAGAGAAGGACAAAAAUGCUGACGGCAACGAAGAAAUAAAAGGUUCAAAUACAUUGAAAUUUGAUAAAUGCUCUAAUGAUAAUGAUAUGAUACUGCGCAUGGAAGAUGAUGUAUCCGAAAAACAUCAGGACACUGAAGCAUAUUCUGAGGAUGAUAACAAAGAUAGCGAGAAAGUUUCAAAUGAUGACAGCACCGAAACUCACCCACCUGAGCCAGACUCAGCUGCAGAUCCAGAAACCGAUGAUGAAGAAUUGAAGAAUUCACAGAGCAAAGCAGACAAACAAACUGUUAGUACGACUACUACGGAGUUAGUGGGAGUUACGAAUUCAAAUAACUAAUAAUUUAAAUGUUAUAUAAUCGUAGGUUUAUGUAGUAUAAACUACAUAAUUAAUUAAAAAAGUUAAAUUUUUUAUUUGUGUAAAAGUUUUGAAAGUGUUGAAAAGUAAAAAUACAUCUAAAACAAUUUUCAUAUAAAAGUCCCUUAUUUCAUAGUAAGCAUUUACAAUGUAUAUAAA